AUGGCCGCAUCCACACUGCUUCCCGCCUCCAGCGCUGGGCCCCUCGUGGUCCUGGUCUCGACGAGGGCCAUUAUCACACUCCCAGACGACUCGCUGCUCCUGACGCCGGCUACCAUCUCCGUGUCGCCCAUCACGGGCAAGAUAGUGUCGGUAGUUCCCAGCGUAUUACCCCGGACCUUUUUUCCGCCUUCGACCACAUACGUAGACCACUCCCCGAAGCUACUGCUCCCUGGCCUGGUUGAUGCCCACGUCCAUCUCAACGAGCCGGGCCGCACGGAAUGGGAAGGCUUCAAUACCGGAACCAGGGCCGCUGCCUCGGGCGGCGUCACUACCGUCGUCGACAUGCCGCUGAACGCCAUCCCCCCCACAACCACGGUCGACGGCUUCAGAGCCAAGCUUGCCGCGAGCCAAGGCCAGUGCUGGGUAGAUGUCGGCUUCUAUGGGGGCGUAAUCCCCGGAAAUGCCCAUGAACUGCUGCCCCUUGUCGAGGCCGGAGUCCGCGGCUUCAAAGGCUUCCUCAUAGAUUCGGGGGUUGACGAGUUUCCUGCCGUGUCCUCAACGGACAUCUCGCUGGCAAUGACGACUCUCAAGGAUACGCCCACAACAUUAAUGUUCCACGCCGAGAUGAUCCCCCCAAUCUCCGACUCUGUUGGCGACUCGGUCCAAAGCUCCUUUCCUCCUCUGGCACCCCACGGUGAGCUGGCCAGCUACAACACCUUCUUGGAGUCGCGUCCGCCAGCAUUUGAGACAUAUGCCGUCGAGGAGAUCCUGGCGCUUGCGGUGCUCGCGCCUCAGCUCCAUCUCCAUAUUGUCCAUCUGUCUGCCAUAGAGUGUCUGCCGAUCCUGCGGAAAGCUCGAGAGAGAGGCAUCAAUAUCACGGCCGAGACAUGCUUCCACUACCUGGGCUUCGCCUCCGAUAGCAUUGAGGAUGGCGAUACGCGACACAAGUGCUGCCCGCCAAUCCGGUCACAGACAAACCAGGACCGACUGUGGGAAGAACUAGUCGCCGACGACAGUUGCAUUAGAACUAUUGUCUCGGAUCACUCGCCGUGUACGCCCGAACUCAAGCUAUUGCCGGCUCACCUCGAGCAAGUGCAGCACGUGGACGAGCACCGGACGGCCAUGCGCCAUUCCGACUCCGGCAUUGACAUGACCUUGCCCAGGGACGACGCCACAAAUGCUUUGCCGGCUUUCACGAGCAAGGGUCGAGGCGACUUCUUUGCGGCGUGGGGUGGCGUGUCUUCAGUCGGCCUCGGGCUGCCCAUCUUGUACACUACCGCUGCUGAACGCUCAGGCCAGGGUGACAAGGUGCCAUCCAUUGUCGACAUAGUCCGCAUGUGCUCCCAGGCCACGGCAAAGCAGGUGGGACUGUCGCAUAGCAAGGGUGCACUCAGAGUGGGCAUGGACGCUGAUAUUUGCGUGUUUGACGACGCCGAUGAGUGGACGUUGCGUGCGCACGACAUGCGCUGGAAGAACAGGUGCUCGCCUUGGGAGGGGCAUACCUUCAGAGGGAGAGUCCACGAGACGUGGCUGAGGGGCCAGAACGUUUUCCGGUUGGGCGGCGCAAACGAUGGCUUCAUCGGCGGGAAACCGGUAGGCAGAGCCAUUGUGGAAAAGAGGGCAGGGUAA